AUGGGCAGCAUCCUCAGCCCAACUUUGGCAGCUCUGGUGAUGACGGUGUUGAUCGGUUACUGCCUUGGCAAACUAUCUUUCAUUCCAGCAUUCUUGUUCCAGUAUGUUGAUGACAUUAUAUUGGCCAUUCCUUCAAAUAUGAAAGAAGAACUCCUAAGGAUCUUCAACUCCUUCAACCCACAUAUACAGUUUACCAUAGAAGAAGAGAAAGACAGAUUUGUCCCAUUCCUGGAUACCAAAGUGAUACGUUCUGAGGACAACACAGUAAAGCUGGAUUGGUACAGAAAGCCGACCAGCUCAGGAAGAUAUGUCCACUUCAAUUCAAGCCAUGAUUGGCAAAUGAAAAUCAACGUUGUUAACAACCUAAAGAACAGAAUAAUAGGCCUUACUCACAUGGAUUUCAAACAGAGUGCUCUGAACAGAUUAUAUGACAUCCUAAAAGAUAAUGGAUAUGCCCACGGCCUGCUUAAGAAGUUGAUAUUCUCGACAUCCAAUCGACGGAUCUCACCUGAUCCUCCUGAAGAUCCUCCUACUACACUGCCUCAACAAAGACAGGACGCUCCCCACGAGAGCUCACAUGUCAGCCAAAUAAAGUUUGCAUCUCUGCCCUCAUUGCCUGGUUUGACCAGUAAACUGAUCCACAUUUUUUCCUCUAUUAGCAACGUGAAAAUUGCCAGAUAUAACGUUUUCCCCAAUAAGUUUCUUUUCACCAAUCUCAAAGACAGAGCGGACGUUCUUUCCAGCUCUGAUUGUGUCUACUCAGUGAGAUGUUUAGACUGUGAUGGGGUCUAUAUCGGACAAACCUCCCAAUCCCUAAAAAGAAGAUUCGCGGUUCACAAAAGCGACGUCAGACUACACCCUGACAGAUGUGCCCUUGCUUUGCAUGCUGCGAGAACUGGUCAUAUUUUCGAUUUCGAUAAUCCGAAGAUACUGUAUUCUUGCUCAAAUAACACCAAACGGGUUUUUUUGGAAAUGUGCUAUAUUAAUGAGCAAUCAAAUCCUAUCAAUAAACGUACCGACAUUAAGGGUCUUAGUAACAUUUAUAAUUAUUUGCUCGCUUUGGACUCCAAAAGCGACAUCUCUCCUCAACUUUCACAAACUUUAUAA